UUGUUCCGAGUAAGUCCAUUUUUCCAUGUGCCCACUGUGUCUUCUCUCCCUACACGCCACCAUCUCCACCACCACCUUCUCCUCCUCCUCCGACGAUUUCCAAUUCCCAAUUUGCAAACCCUAGAAUUAGGGUUUUUUUCUUCUACUUCCUUAGGAUCCUACUCCUCCCGAUCUUUUUCGAUUUUAGAUCUUCUGAUUUUGGGAUCCUCGGUUUCGAAUUUUUGAUUUUCUGCUUUCUUUUUGAGCUGGAAAAAUCGACUUUGGCUUCCCGAAGAAGCUAAAGUCCGUUGAACGGAAUCGAUGCCGGAAAUCGAUCUCAUGAGAGUCGAUCAAUGCGUUUCCGAUGUGAAAUUCGAUGGUGAUUCGCCUAACGAGGCUCCAGGUUUCGGUUGUUGUGGUUCGAUAGAUGUGGAGGUGAAGCUAGAACAAGAGCCGGAUUGUUCGACGAAAAGCGUCGGGCGCUCUGCUAGACGCGGUCGUCCGCCGAGAACACUGGGGAAAGCUACUUCGUCUCCGGUUUCACCCAUGGCGCAGUCGAAGAAGAGGAGAGAAGACGAGGAUGUUUGUUUUGUUUGCUUUGAUGGUGGUAGUCUCGUCCUCUGCGAUCGUAGGGGAUGUCCAAAGGCGUAUCACCCAGCUUGUGUCAAGCGUACUGAAGCAUUCUUUAGAUCAAGAGCAAAAUGGAAUUGUGGUUGGCACAUAUGUACUGCUUGUCAAAAGGAUUCUUUCUACAUGUGCUAUACUUGUCCAUAUUCAGUUUGCAAGAGAUGCGUUAGAAGCUCAGAGUAUGUAGUUGUACGAGAAAACAAAGGAUUCUGUGGAAUUUGCAUGAAGACUAUAAUGCUUAUUGAGAAUGCAGCUGAAGCUAAUAAAGAAAAGGUUCAGGUUGAUUUCGACGAUCAAGGUAGCUGGGAGUAUCUUUUUAAGAUUUACUGGGUUUCCCUUAAAGAAAAGCUAUCUUUAUCGUUAGAUGAUCUUACCAAGGCGAGAAAUCCAUGGAAAUCUUCUGCUUCAACUGUUUCUAAGAGAAGAGCGACUAGUCGGCUUCAUUCAAAGGAUGAUGGCAAUUUCCCUGGGGUUAUGAAACCAGCAAGUCGUGCUAAAGUAAGGAAAAUGGAAGCUGUUUCUGCGAGUAACUUGGCUUCUGUUUUGGAUUCAAACAGUUCUUUGAGUGACAGACUUCCACCAUUGACUAGUGCUGCUGCGUGGGCAACAAAUGAACUCUUGGAAUUUGUGAGGUAUAUGAAAAACGGUGAUAUUUCCGUCUUAUCAAAGUAUGAUGUCCAAACACUUGUCCUAGAGCAUGUGAGACGAAAUAAUCUACAAAUCGCUCCUCAGAGUUCAGAAAUAAUGUGUGACCUGAGGCUUACAAGAUUGUUUGGAAAAGAGCGAGUGGAUCACUUGGAAAUGUUAAAGCUUCUUGAUUCUCACUUCCUCGAUCAAGAAAGGUCUCCGGUUACAGUUACCUCAGCCACAGGAGUCACUGAAACUAUGUCUUUCCAGGUCGAUGCGAGCAGAAGCUGCGAUAGGUUGAAUACAUUUGAACAACAUCAAAGAGGAGAGUCACAGCAGUCAGACGUGCACAAUAUUCAGGUUAGACCUUCCAGUUCUGAUAGCAGAAACCAUGCCACUGUAAAGCCUGAAUGUGCCGCUCUGUCCAAUAAGCCAGUUGAUGGUUUGGAUGCGAAUAUGGUAUGGUUAUAUGGAGAUCCAGAUGGGAAGAUUCAUGGACCAUUUUCCUUAUUGAACCUGCAACAAUGGAAUUCAAGUGGUCAUUUCCCGCCUGAGCUGAGAAUAUGGAGGUUAGGUGAACAGCAAAAUAGCUCCAUACUUUUGACCGACGCAUUAAAUGGGCAGUUCCAUAAAACAGGGUCACUUCAGAAUCAUUCUAUCUCGAAGCAGGAAGAGACGGCUACUAUAGCUAGCGAUCAAAACAGGAGUGUGGAUGUUGCUAAACUAGAGAGCAGAGUACUUGACUUUAGCCCCAACUCUGUGUCUACUGACCAGAGUGUUAUUUCCAGCAGUAACAGCGUCAUCACAAGGAGCUCUGAUGCGAGCAACAAAAGUGGAAACAAUUUUAGCCACAACGUGCCAUUGGAUUUCACUCUUUCUAAUGAAAGGGAGACUGUGGGUUCUGUCUCUCUCUGGAACAAAAUGAAAGUUGAUAGUCCUUUGCCUGGACAAAGCCCGAUAAGCUGUUCCCUUUCGCUUGCUACAUUUCCAAGAAACUCAAACUCAAACUGCUCCCUGCCGCAACAGGAAAGAUGGGAUGCUAGUCAAACAGGGGCAGAUGGUAACGCAGUAACAAACGCUUGCAAUCAAAACGAUAUUGGCCUAAGCGAUGCGGCUGAGAAACAAGUCACAGCUACUGUUCAGUCAUGUGGACAAAACUGGAAUGCUGCUACUCCAAGCAGUGCUUCAAACGUGUGGGAACCUAACCCCGGUUUGGUUUCUUUCACAGACAAUCAAGAAAUCGACUUUCUAGACCUCUUUAGCCCGACCUUCAAAUUCAACUUUGCGUCCACUACCACGGAUUGGCAACCAAUUGUAGCUGGACCUGACGAAUGUGACGAGUCAGUAUCAGAUCUUUUGGCGGAAGUUGAAGCCAUGGAGUCCCAAAAACGUCUUCCCUCUCCAACUUCAACGUUCCGUGGUCCUGGAGAGUUAAUCCGACACUCCAUUAACGGUAGCUUCAGUCCAGCAGAAGGGCAUAGCCCAGCACUUGAUGUAAGCAAAGGCGACUCCAUGAGCUCAACAAACGACCUGCAAAUGCAUUCACGAACUAACAACACCGUGGAUUUUUAGCCGUGGGGGUCGAUGAUCAUGUAUUGGUUUAAUUAGAGAGACAUAUUCUGGGCACAGCUCACCAUAGAUGUCGGAGAUCGUCUGGUCGAUGGUGGACUAUGCCCUCUCUUCUCUUUUCUUUUUGCAGGAUUAUUACAGAACAUAAAUAAGUGGCGAAUUACCAUCAUCCAUCAAUUAUCAGAAAGAAAGAAAAAGAAAGAGUGGUGCAUAUGAAGAAAGAAUAUGAUCAAAUGUUUCUUCGUGAUAUUUUUGGCUGCACCCAUUGUUUUCGGAUAUUUAGGUUUUGUACGUUGUCCUGUGUUAAGAUUUGCACAGACCCAACCUCUGUAUUUUUACAUUGUUUGUUUGUACUUAGGUAAGUAUAAAAAUGGAAGAAUUUGUUGCCAAAUGAAUGUAAUCAAAACAUUGUAGGGAUCAUCAUCUGUUCUAUAUAAUUAUAUGAUAGUGUAACGUUUCAUU